AUGUCGAUUGACGAGGACUACUGUGUAGCAACUGAUAUGGUUUGUGACGGUGUACUUGAUUGUCCAAAUGGAGAUGAUGAGCGAACCUGCAUAGGUUUGAGCUCGGCUCAGGGAACACCGCACGGCAUUGGUGAAGUGAUAAUUCGCUCCCACGGGGUGUGGUAUUCGAAAUGCUAUACUAAACAAAACCAUACGAAAUCAGAACUAGAAGCUAUUUGUAGAGAAUUAGGUUUCAUUGGUGGGCACGCCAAACAACUGCCGGAUCCUAAAGGAACACCGAAUCCCUAUAACAAUAUUGUUAUCGACAUGUUUUCUGAUGUAAUGCUUAAUAAUAAUACAAUAAUAAAAUUAAGAAAUACACCGAACCCUAUCGCCCGUGCGGUGACUCAAGAUAUAAAAGAGUGUUAUCCAGUUUUCAUAGAAUGCCUCUAG